AGCUGUAAAUUCAACUUACAACACACAGAGAGGUUUUUCUUCCCUUUUCUGUUAAUUCCCAGGUCAGGCGAUAAAGCGAGCAAUUUGGGCAGACGUAUAUAAGAGAAACGCCCGACAAAAUGGAAGGAAGCAAUCUUCAUUAUGCUGGAGAAGUCUCAUCAUUGAGUUUUAUACACCAGGAUCCUCAAUUUUGCUUGCUAUGGAUCGCUCAAUUCUCAGGUUCAGGCAUCGCCUCCUCGCUUGGCUUCAUCGAUCUCGUUCUGUGCCAGUAUUAAAUGUGAAGCGUUUUCGGUACAAGGAAAUAAAGAGGGCAACCAGUGGGUUCAACAGAGUUGUCUACAGCAAUUCUCGGAGUUCUGCUUAUAAUGCUAAAUUUCAAGAUGGCAGAGUAGCAUUGGUAAAAGAAUUGAGAUCUUUGAGUGACAAUGGCUUCAUCGCAGAAGUGCAGCUCCUUGGACGCUUGCACCACCGCCAUCUUCUUACAUUGAGAGGCUUCUCCACAGGGCAUAAAAGAUUGCUCGUGUUUGACGAGAUUGGACAUGGAAGCUUGAGGGAUCAUCUUAAUGAUCCUCUCAGGACUCCCUUGAGUUGGAGGCUGAGGCUACAAAUAGCCGCAGGUGUAGCUGCUGCACUGGAAUACUUGCUUCUUUUCACCAAUCCCCCAAUGUGUCACGUAUCCAUCAGUUCAAGCACUAUCAUUUUAGACGAAAAUUUCACUGCAAAGAUAUCUGAUAUUGGCUUUCACUGCACCCCCGCAAACAUUAGUGACUGUCCGGAUGCAUCAAAUUCAGAUGAUUUUAAAGAUCAGAAAUGUGGAAACCUUAUCUACCAGCUUGGAGCUCUAAUCCUGGAACUCGUUACCGGACAAUCGUCAGAUGGAACAAGCGCCGACCUUAUCAACUGGAUCGAAGGGACGAACUUUGCCAUGUCAAUGAACAAGAUGAUCGACCCCGAUCUCGGAAACAGUUUCGACUACAAAGAUGCAAGAAACCUUCUAUCAGUAGCGAAGUUGUGCAUAAAGUCCAGAGAAAAGCCAAGAUUCUCCAUUCCCCAAAUUUUCCGGUAUCUGCAGAGUAAAGUAUAUGCGCCUAACUGCUAGUAUCUCUUCUUCUUCUUCUUUCUUCUGUUUUGUUCAAUACUUAUUUUUAUAUCCACGUCAAUUGAUUAAUUUUAUUAGGAAAAAAUCGUUAUUUUGUUUAUUUAUAAAGUUCACAUAAGAUAACAUUGUUCAUU